AUGGCAACCACGAUGGAUGCCCAGAUAAGUCAACAAGAUGACUUAGGUCACGAUACAUUGAUGGGAUUUCAAGAAUUAGAUUCCCAUCUUGCUAUAUUUGAGUCUACGGAGAACCGAAGAGAUUCAUCUACACCGGGUACUAUAUCUACUCCUGGCUUCGAUGCAACAAUCGACACCAUUGAAACGCAACCUGCUUUUGAGAACUUUGAGCAUACCAUUAUCGUUGAUACCUCGACUGAUCAUUUCCAAUCUGAUAUCAAAUCCCGUGCAAGGGUCAAUAAAGAUCCUAAACCUAGUACUAACGGCGAUAAGAAUAGAGCUGCGCGCCAAUUAAAACACGCGUCGGAUGGCAACAUACACCUACAGCCCGAAAGCGCUCAAGACUCUUUAGCCUCUUCAAUGACUACAGAUCAUGAUGAUGGUUCCUCUUCACUGUCCUCAUUGUCAAGCCAUCCUAAUUCUCCAACAGUCGAUAAAAAUUCCGGGGUGGUUACAAAGGCAUCAUCCUUGAGUGGAAAUAGACCGACAUAUAAUGUACGUCCGAAAGAAUCGAUACCUACGGAUGUUCAUCCAGCAGAAUAUGCCAGACAAUGUAUCGCUGCAGCAGAAUCGUCACGACUCAGUCCAUACACUCUACAUCCAGAGGAGUAUCAUAUGUUACGUGGGCAUAUAAGCCAUCAACAGGUCACGACGUAUCUCAAUAUCAGAAAUGGAAUACUCCGGCUCUGGACACGUAAUCCCUCGAUACAUGUAAUGAGAGAUGAAGCUAUUGGGUGUGCAAGAGACGCCCGUUGGUUUGAAACUGCUCGGGUUUGUCACGAAUGGUUAUCUAGGCGUGGUUACAUCAACUACGGUUGUCUCGAGAAUCCAGAGUCCAAGAUAGAUAAAAGCGAGAUGCAAGGAACUGGACCUAGGCGCACCAUCGCUGUCAUUGGAGCUGGUAUGUCUGGCUUAGGUUGCGCUAGGCAAUUAGAAAGCCUCUUUGCCCAAUUCGAACAUCGUUUUCAUGAAAUGGGUGAGGCAUUACCUCGUGUAGUCAUAGUUGAAGGCAGAGACCGAGUUGGUGGAAGAGUUUACUCCCGUCAAUUCGAAUCACGACCAGAAUAUCCAACUCUGUUUCCUGGUAGUCGAUACACCGCAGAAAUGGGUGGCAUGAUUAUUACUGGAUUUGAUCGUGGCAAUCCUUUGAAUAUCAUCGUAAGAGGACAACUGGCGCUACCUUAUCAUCCGUUGAAGCCGGAUACCACGAUAUAUGAUGAUGGCCACCCAGUUGACCUCCAACGCGAUCAACAAGCCGAGAAGCUUUUCAAUUACAUUCUCGAUCGUGUUGGCGAGUAUAAAUUUAAGAUCCCACUACCGCCUCUUAUAGAUGGUGAUAGAGACCAUUUAGAAGCAGGACGCGAUGGUAAUGGGGAUGGGUCGAGAACCAUCAGCGAGGUUGAGAACAGAGCUAGUAUUACCCCGCAGUCUGCUGCAAGUGAAAAAUCAUCUGCUGCCGAAGAAAUGGUGCCUGUGGCAUCGGAUAGGCUCACUGGCAGAGCUCAUUUGGAGCCAGGAAUUCCAGCCGUGCAUACUGCUGCUUACAAAGCUCGCGAGAUUGGAUGGCGGCUUAGGGAUGGCAUCGGCAUUGAAUCUGACCUCGACCUUGAACGCUCGACGAGUAAGGAGAAUGCUACACUUGGGUCGGUAUUCGAUGACGCGAUUCGACAAUAUAUGAGAAUGAUUGAUUUCACACCCCUCGAUCUCAGACUUAUCAAUUGGCAUGUUGCAAAUCUUGAAUAUAGCAAUGCGAUUACUUGCAAUAAGUUAAGUCUGGGGGGCUGGGAUCUAGAUGCUGGUAAUGAAUGGAAAAAGAGUGCAGUAAAACGCAUUUGUUAUAAUCCUCAUGGUACUAUUUCCUCAAGUAGGAUUGACUGUGAAAAUGGCGAAUCAAUCGAGGCGAAUUAUAUCGUGUCCACUAUCCCACUGGGUGUUUUGAAGCAGAAUAAGAUCGAAUUCGAACCCAAAUUACCUUCAUGGAAAACCGGAGCAAUUCAGCGAAUUGGAUAUGGAAUCCUCAAUAAAGUCAUAUUGGUCUUCAAAGAGCCUUUCUGGGAUCAAAGCCGAGAUAUCUUUGGAACCCUUCGUAAUCCACCCAACAAGUCCAGUUUGGAACAAGGAGAAUACUUCACACACAGAGGAAGAUUUUUUCAGUGGUUCAAUUGCACCAACACUUCCGGCGUGCCAACUCUGUUAGCUCUCAUGGCUGGCGAUGGCAGCAUUUUUACACAGAGAAGACCUCAAACGAAGAAUUGUUACUCUUACACGGGACCAAAUUUUCAAAGUGAUGAUUAUGGGGUUAUGGCAAAGCCUGUUGGCAAUCUCUUCUUUGGUGGAGAGCAUACUUGUGGUACACAUCCAGCCACUGUUCAUGGAGCUUACAUUUCGGGUCUCAGGGCAGCCUCUGAGGUAUUAGAGUCUAUCAUUGGGCCAAUAGAAAUACCAGAACGUCUUGUUCCACCCAAAGAGUCAGCGUCAAAGAGAAAGGCCGAGGCCAUUGAAGUGCCCAAGGAUCCAAAGCAAGCUCGUCUCGAAGCGUAUGAAAUCGAAAUAUGGAAUGCGAUAUAUACCAAGCUUGGUGAUCGACCUUGGAAACCUUCAAAGAACCACUCUAAUUCCUAUCAGAUGUAUAGUAAAGAUACGUGGGAGGAAGCCAAAAGGAAAUGCGAGGAAGGACGACGACCAGGGAAAGGUAAACCGAUCACCAACGAAGUUAAGAAAAUGAUCACGAAAAUGUGGAAUGAAGCUCCAGAGGAUGUAAAGAAACCUUAUGUUGACAAGGCUCUCGAACGAAAGCAAAUUUAUCAAGAUGCUGUUACGGAAUAUAAUGUAAAGUCGGCGAAAUGGGAUAAAGAUGCUUGGGAUUUUCGAGUACAAUACGAAAAGGAUCACCCAAGCUUGCCGGGUCCAGACGAAGAUAUUGGUAGUCCUUGGAGACGCGAUAGAAGAGCUAAGAGAACGAGUGGUUAUGCUGAAGAUUCUGAAUCGGAACUGGAUUUGUAA